AACGAUGAAGCAGUAGCUUUGGAAAGUUAAGGAGAUCGAGACGUACGAGUUAACGUAUCAACAUGAAGAACAUCGCCUUGUUUACAUUUUGUAUUACAAUGUGCUUGUUACUUGAAGUGCAAGGGGAUUGCAAAGGUUAUCAAGGCAAGGAUCUCAGUGUGGGGACACAUUACAUAAAUUGCCUUCAGAUUACGUGCAACGCAGACGGAUCCAUAUCCGCACUCGGUUGCCCAGCAUACCAAUGCGCAGAAGGAUCGCAAAUUGGAUACCGUAAAACGGAUUUAAGCAAACCUUACCCGGAAUGUUGCGAGGGACCAAUUUGUGCGGAUUAAACUUGGAUGUAAACGACGAGUAAUAUGAGGGAGGAGGGGGAAGAGUACUUGGCCUAAUGAUGACAUUUUAGAUAAAACAAUACAAAGUUAAAUAAACCUGAACUAUGAACCAC